ACAGCCAAUGGAGAAGCACUGACCUCACAGCGAUGAUACUUGCAGGUUUAUUCACUCUGCUCCUCCUCACAGGUGGAAAUACUUCAUCUCUACAACCACAACAACAUUAUGAAGAUCUUCCAGGAUCAGUCCAAAGCUUUGAGGAAAUGUCAGGUGGAAAUACCUCUGAUCCCGAGUACUCUGAGCCACCCCUGCUCCUAAUGCCAGGAAACGUUGAUAUGAAUGUUAUGUAUUACCCAGAUCGUGAAAUGUUUCAGCUGAUCUUUGAACAAAUUCGAGAAAAUGAUGUUAAGGUUGAUGAAGAAUGCAGCUCUUAUGCUGUUUUAAAACACCUGAAUCUGACUGAGAACAGUGACAAGUACACACUGGGUCGCCCUGUUAAAAACCUCAAUCAUUUGACAUGGGUACUUCUGGAGAUGAAGAUUUAUGCUAUCCUAGAUGUGAGAGAAACUGACCAGACUUUCAUUGCCUAUAUUUGGAUUUAUUUGCGAUGGGACAAUGAAUACGUCUGGUGGUACCCGGAACAAUUCUGUGGAGUUAAACACAUCUUGGUCCCCACUAAACUUUUGUGGAUGCCAGAUCUGACUAUUGAAGAGAUGACAGAGCAGGACAAAGCCGCUCCAAGUCCUUAUCUAAGCAUCAGGAGCCACGGCUGGGUUGAAUUUAGAAAUGACCAGGUGGUGGUCUGCACAUGCAAGAUGCGUGUUUAUAAAUUCCCAUUCGACAUGCAGAGCUGCAACAUCUCCUUCAAGUCAAUUAUGCACUCAGAUGAAGAAAUAAAGUUAUUUUACAACAGUAAUAAUACAGUGAUCACAGACUGGUCUCGUGAAGCCAUGCAGACUCAGUAUGAGUGGCUUUUUGUCAGCAUGACAGUCACAACCAAAACUGUCAACCAUUUUGGAUUCAAUCAAACAGUGAUUGUUUACACAAUAAACAUGAAGAGGAGGUCUGUCCUCUAUAUUGCAAACUUCUUGCUGCCUGUCCUUUUCUUCUUGUGUCUGGACUUCGCCUCCCUCCUGAUGUCAGACACAAGCGGUGAGAAGGUUGGCUUCAAAAUCACUGUUCUGCUUGCCGUCACAGUGAUGCAGCUCAUUCUCAAUGAGAUUCUUCCAUCUUCAUCAGACCGGAUUCCGCUAAUAGCGGUUUACUGCAUUGGGACCUUUGCUCUUAUGCUGCUCAGUCUCUUGGAGACCAUUUUGGUGAGUCAUCUGAUUAAUAAAGAUGCAUCCCAGGAAACUGAAGGGGAAAAGACAAACUGCCCAAUAGAAGGUAACGAGGAGGAACUGACUAACAUAAAAAGUUGUUUCAUAGGGAUCAAGAAAUGUGGUAAUUGUUCAUUUGUUAACAAAAUGUCAGCUGUUGGAACACCAUUUACUGGAAAAGAGGGUGGUAUGGGCGCACUUCCUGAAGUGUCCCUCGCUCUGGAAAAGAUGUCAGAAGAGCUCGAAGAGAUUAAGAAAUCAAUAAUUCUUCUCGGUGGCAGAGAAGACGACAAAAAAGACGGCUACUGGACCAGAACUGCAAAAAAAAUAAACAAAGUUUUUGCAAUAUUUUACGUCACAGCAGCAAUCCUGUUUUUAGUGGUUGUCUCUACAUUGUGGUAUUUUGUAGAUGAAGAGUAAGCAGUAAGAAACAGUAAAUUGUGUUUAAAUUCCUGUGUAUUUAGUUGGACAUUGACAGCUUUUGUUUUUAUCAAUAAUUUCAAUUGAUGUUAAUAAAUGUUUUUAAUACUUUUCUCCCACAUUAUAAUUUUGCAUUGCUAAAACUACUGCUAUGUGCAACAUUGGUAUUAAUCAGCUUCUGGCUGAAUUAACAAAUGAAAAGAAAAUACCUUGUCUGCCAUUAUUAAUUUUUCUUUUUUACAUUACUAUAACUUUUAAUUUGUGUUUAUGCUAAUAAUUUUUAUGUAACGUCUGUACUGUAGGGCGUUGUGAUAGACCAACCCUGAAUAGUGCGACAGCAUAUGCAUAUGUAAAACAGUAGUGCAGGAGUUAAGGAGUUCAUCCUGCAAUUUGCAGGUUUCCGGUUCAACCCCCUGCUCCGACUGUCUCAGUUGUUGUGUCCUUGGGCAAGACACUUUACUCA